AUGCCAAAGGCCAACACUUGGAAGAGUCAAGGUUUACCUGCGGACAUUCAAGAAGAGGUGCAAUGGCGCCAGCAGCACACAGACCUGCUUCACCAGAAGAUCAGCAUGCUUGAGCGGGAGAAUGCAAUGUGGGAGAGAAAGCUGCAGAUGUUAGGGCGUCGAAGUCCUGGCACAUCCCCUCAGAACAAGAUUGUUCAGCUUUUCCCAAAAGAAAGGCAGCAGGUCGAGCCUGACAACAGCCCUCCGUCAGGCAUGUCAGGCCCUGGGCACGCGUUUGCCAUGUUGGCGUACGAGCCUGAAAUUGCAGCCUUGCUCGAGUCUCCAAGUAGUGCACGAGAGGUCUUUGAGAGGAUGAAGCACCCUCGCGCGUUGCAGCCACUGCAGCCGAAGCUGAAGCCCGACAUGUCGCCGCCACGCAAGGAAGAAGAAGAUGUAUGCGAUCUGGAUGAAGCCAAAGCGGCUGCAAAGCAGGCCGAGGUGGAACGCUUCCAGGCAGAACAGCGGGAGCGGCAGGCACGGCGUGCGGAUCUGCAGCAGGGUCUCCGAGACGAACUGCAACAGAUGAGAGCCCUUGAAGACGAGCGAAGACGACGACGAGAACAGAAGCGAGCAGAGCUGGAGGACGAGCUACAUCAGCAGCUGCAGCAAGAGAAGAAGGAGUGGCAGCUUCGCCAGACUCGGCAGGAGAUGUUAAGGAAGGAGCGAGACAAGCGAAGAGACGCAGCACACCGUGAGCUUAUGCUCGUGGAACUGGACAGGCUGCGCGACAAGAUCUCCCUGAAACAGCAGUUCAGCACACCUGGCUCACAGGCUCAGCCAACAUCCCUGGCAGACAACCUGCUGCAAGAGUUGCUGCAGAUGCGGCUUGCAGCUGAUGGCAAGGAGGCGCAUGCUUUGCAAGACGCGUUGGACAGGGGCAGGCUUCUGACGCUGAAAUCGUUUGCCUGGCAAGAUUGGCUGACUUCGCUGCACGGGUAUCUUGAUAUCACUCCCCAAGUCCUGCACGAGCUUGAGCCCGUGUUCCAUGGGGGGCAGAGAUCCCUCUCACUCUUCGAUGUGGAGGCUGCCUGUGGAGAGGAGGGGAAGCUGUCCAAGGAGGUCAACGCCAGUCUAAGAAAAUGGGCACGCGAGGAAGAAGCCCGACAGGCAUGGCUUGACGUCUUUCCUACAUCGAUUUUGUCUGAUCCAGUUUGCAGUUUUCCCAUUUCCCCACAGGUGCAAGAGCUGGAGAUGAAUUUAGAGUCUUGGGUGCUUUUCUACGGAGACUUGCUGAGUGGGAGGAGCCGGGACAAAGAGGCCGACGUCCUCGUGCUGGAGGAAGCCUUCAAAGCUCUAGCAGCUGACGCUGAGUCUACGUGCCUAUCAUUCUCUCGAUCUUGUCAGGCUUUCGAAUCGGACAAGUGCUCGGAGCUGCAAAAGCAGAUGCUCAGCAAUUGGCUACACGCCAUGAUCCAAAAGAAUGAGCCGACACUGCAUGUCGAUAAGCCCAGCAAGUUGCCAGCAAGGGUGGCACAGCCGGCGACAGCAGUCAAGGAAUCAGCGCAUAGGGCGAGCAAGCACUCUGAAGAUCUUGCCCGUCCUGCUGGCUGGAGCUCAGACAGAGUUGACGUCCAACCAGCUAGCAGUCCAGCCUGCUCAGAAAAUCGCAAUCAUCAGCCAGAAGGCUCCCUGCGGACUGCAGAAAGCGCGCCAGCCGCAGCACCUUGCAUGGAUCCAGCUUCGCAAGCUGAGACUGAGCCAUUUCAGGGCGGCCAAGUGGCUAAGUUCGAAGUGCAGCCCAAGCUCCAAGAGCCAUCAGCCACUGAACCCGCUACAAAGCAGCAAGGCCUCAGCCAUUUACAUCCUGACGGUACGGUUGUUGCUGGUACCAAGCAACCAUUAGCUGGCCCUGGGAGAGGCUCUGGUGAAUCCUCCCGAGGCAUCAGCCAUGGAGCGGUUCCGCAGCCGUCACUCGUGUCACCUGAGAAGCGUACCUCACACAGUCCUCAGAACGGUGAAGCUGAGACCCUUCUCAACCCUGGUCAGGACGCAGCGCGCUCAGGGGAAGCAGAGGCAGAAGGAGGGGCACAGGCUGAUGGGGGGGCCAAAGGGCAGUCUCUUCCAGCUCCAUCUCCCGAAGUUCCCGAGGAUCAAGGGGCUGAGGCUGAGGCCGAGUCUGGUUCACCUCCAGACGCUCAGGUGGGCAAGCAUAAGGCCACGGCCACAGGUGGGCAAGCGGCCGAAGUGGUGGAAGGCCAAGAGAAGGAGGACGAAAACGAGGCGGAAAAGGAGGACAGCUUUGGGAAGGAACAGUGGCUGGAUUGGUUUCUGAGUGCGGAGUUGACCUCAGACGAGGAGCAGUUGCUGCGUGCAGCUUUGCACUCGCUGAGCUCAACCCGCGCCAUCAGCGCAGACUCGCUUCGUGCUGCCUUGAAGGCACACGAGGAGCGAGCUACCCAAGAAGAGCGAGACCAACUGCAGGAGUGGUCGCAGUGGGUCUCUGACAUGGAUGAAGACUGA